UUCUCAUCAGGUGGCAACACAUUUUGCCUAUCCAAUCAAAUUUGAACAUCUAAAUAUGGUCGUCUAUCUUAUAAAAACAGUUUUAGGAUAAAUGUAUAUUUCUAGUCAUCAUUACUGCAAACAGUCUGAGAAUUUAUUACGAUUUGAUUUAUUUUACAUAUGUGUGCCUUGUGGUGAACCGUCUUAGGAAUGUCAAUGCCAGUGAGGAGUGGGGCAGCAGUAGUGACACCAGUAGGUACAGUUUUUCAUCCCACUUCAGAUUGGCUAUAAAUCCCCCUAUCAGCAUUGCAUAGCCUUGAGCUGGCCCCUCCGUCACAGUCUCUAUUCCUGAGGAAGGGGGACAGGAGUAGGCUCAUUAGCAGGAGAUAAAAUAACACGGUGACCUCCUCUCACAAAGGUAUGUGUGUGUGUGUGUGUGUGUGAGAAUUAGCGUACGUGUUUUCAAGUCUUAGUCCAAGUAUGUGACUUGGUGACAGAGUGACAUUGAGCAUGUGGGUUUUGAAGAAACACACAUACUGGAUCCACUUCAGAGCUUCAGCAAAAGCUACUUAAAGAAUUGACCAGGCUUUUCCAGCUCUUUUUCAGGGGCCUGCUUUGUCAUUUCAAGCAUUUUAUUCACAGAAGUGCAGAAUUUAAGAUGGGAAACUUAAAUAUUGCAUGACCCUGUUGUCUUUGAGUCUCUCUGUGUGUCUCUGUUUGAGCAGUAAGAAAGCUGUACAUACUGGCCUCUUUCAGAAGGGCCAGUAUAUACAGCACGUAGGUAAGUUAUCUGCGAAGUGUUCAUUUUAAAACAAUAAGGGUUUGUUGGCAUUGUUUUUUUUGGCCUGCAUGUCUUAAGAAGUAGAAAAAGAACAAAGAGAUGUAGCCAAGCAUGUUCCCUCUCAGACGUGGUCCACUCUGGUGUUAUUUUCACCAUAACCCAGUAACCUGGUUAGCUUGUUGUGAUUGAAUUGGGCCCUGAGACUCCUUUUUUCCCUUUGCCAUGUGACUGACCCUGGGAUCCUAUCGCCAUGGAAACAUGGCCGGGCCCGUGCUAGUGUAAACAACAGAUUUUCCAAAGGGAACGGGAGCACCGUCCAAGGGCUUCCAUUUAAGUGGGACGGUAACAGAUCCAGCUACUUCCUCUCAGCCGGAGAUGGUCUGCAGCGUGAGUGUCAGCUUUGACCGCUGUAAGAUCACUGCAGUUACCUGUAGCUGCGGCAACAAGGACAUCUUCUACUGUGCCCACGUGGUGGCGCUGGCCCUGUACCGCGUACGGAAGCCCGAGCAGGUCAAACUGCACCUGCCCAUCUCAGAGACGCUGUUUCAGAUGAGCCGAGAUCAGCUGCAGAAGUUUGUCCAGUACCUGAUAUCAGUGCACCACACUGAGGUGCUGCCUACCGCACAGAAACUUGCAGAUGAGAUACUGUCAACCAACUCUGAGAUCAACCAGGUUCACGGGGCCCCAGACCCCACGGCAGGGGCCAGUGUGGAUGAUGAGAACUGUUGGCACCUGGACGAGGAGCAGGUUCAGGAGCAGGUCAAACUCUUCCUGUCUCAGGGGGGCUACCAUGGCUCUGGGAAACAACUCAACCUGCUGUUCAGCAAGGUGAGAGAGAUGCUGCGUAUGCGAGACUCCAAUGGAGCGCGGAUGUUAACACUGAUCACAGAACAGUUCAUGGCCGAUCCUCGACUGGCACUGUGGCGACAGCAGGGUACCACUAUGACAGACAAAUACAGACAGCUCUGGGACGAACUAGGGGCUCUGUGGAUGUGCAUCGUGUUGAACCCCCACUGUAAGGCGGAGCAGAAAUGUUCGUGGCUCAGACAGCUGAGGAGGUGGAACAGCGUGGACGUGUGUCCCUGGGAGGAUGGUAACCAUGGCAACGAUCUGCCCAACCUCACCCACUCCCUGCCUCAGGGUGCCCAUGGCAACCAAGAGUCGCGUCCCCAUAGGACAGUGUUCACGAGGGCAAUCGAGGCCUGUGACCUCCACUGGCAGGAUCGCCACCUGCAGCACAUCAUUGCCAGCGACCUCUAUGCCAACUACUGUUACCACGAUAAUCAGGACGGCUCCCUAUUUGACGCUCGUGGAUGGCCCAUGUGGCACGAACACGUCCCAACGGCUUGUGCUCGGGUGGAUGCCCUGCGUUCCCAUGGUUACCCCCGUGAAGCGCUGCGAUUGGCCAUUGCCGUUGUAAACACGCUGCGUCGUCAGCAGCAGAGACAACUAGAACACUUCCGCCGACAUAAGAAAGAGCUGCUCCAUAAAGGCACAUCUAUCACUAACAUGGAGGGCUGGGUGGGCCACCCCCUGGACCCCAUCGGCACCCUGUUCAGCACUCUCACAGAGACUGGUCGGGGGACGGAGGAGGGGGCCAACACAUGCCUUGACCUCUCAGACUGUUCCAGUGUGGUGAGUCGUGCAGAGCUGCAGAGGUUGCCAGUUCAGCGGUUGCUAGGCGAGGGCGAAUCGUACGUGGCGCUGGCCGUGGAGACCGCUCUGAUAGGCUUAGGGCAGCAAAGGGUCAUGCCUGAUGGGCUGUACGCCCAGGAGAAGGUGUGUCGCAACGAAGAGCAGCUACUGGCCAAGCUGCAGGAAGUGGAGCUGGACGACACGCUGGUCAAGAUCUUCCGCAAGCAGGCCGUCUUCUUGUUAGAGAGUGGCCCAUACAGUGGUCUGGGAGAGCUUGUCUACAGAGAGAGCGUACCCAUGCACACCUUCGCCCGCUAUCUCUUCACCUCCCUCCUACCUCACGACGCUGAACUGGCGUACAAGAUUGCACUGAGAGCCAUGCGGUUGCCUGUGUUGGAGUCCACAGCCUCGCCAGGUGACCUGUCGCGACCCCACCACCUGGUGUCAGUGGUUCCCAACCGCUACCCUCGCUGGUUCACCCUGUCCCACAUAGAGUCCCAGCAGUGUGAACUGGCCUCCACCAUGCUCACCGCAGCCAAAGGUGACAGCCGCAAGCUCGAGACGGUACUAGAGUCCAUUCAGAAGAACAUCCACUCCUCGUCACACAUCUUUAAGCUGGCCCAGGAUGCCUUCAAGAUUGCCACACUGAUGGACAGCCUGCCUGACAUCACACUGCUCAAAGUCUCUCUGGAACUGGGCCUACAGGUAAUGAGGAUCACCCUGUCGACGUUAAACUGGAGGAGAAGGGAGAUGGUGCGCUGGUUAGUGACCUGUGCCACCGAAGUAGGUGUGUAUGCUCUGGACAGCAUCAUGCAGAGCUGGUUCACCCUGUUCACCCCGACCGAGGCCACCAGCAUCGUGGCCACCACCGUCAUGUCCAACACCACCAUCGUCCGCCUGCACCUGGACUGCCACCAGCAGGAGAACCUGGCUUCAUCCGCCCGGACCCUGGCCCUGCAGUGCGCCAUGAAGGACCCACAGAACUGCGCCCUCUCGGCCCUGACGCUCUGCGAGAAGGACCACAUCGCCUUUGAGACGGCCUACCAGAUCGUGCUGGACGCCGCCGCCACCGGGAUGAGCUACACGCAGCUGUUCACGAUAGCUAGGUACAUGGAGCACAGGGGCUACCCCAUGAGGGCGUACAAGCUAGCCACGCUAGCCAUGACCCACCUCAACCUCAGCUACAACCAGGACACCCACCCGGCGAUCAACGACGUGCUGUGGGCCUGCGCGCUCAGCCACUCCCUGGGGAAGAAUGAGCUAGCCGCCGUCAUCCCCCUGGUGGUCAAGAGCGUGAAGUGCGCCACGGUGCUGUCUGACAUUUUGCGGCGGUGCACGCUGACCACGCCGGGGAUGGUGUCGGCGUUGAACAGCCGCAGGAACUCUGGGAAGCUGAUGUCGCUGGACAAGGCGCCGCUCAGGCAGCUGUUGGACGCCACCAUCGGGGCCUACAUCAACACCACACACUCUCGCCUGACACACAUCAGCCCGCGGCACUACAGCGAGUUCAUCGAGUUCCUGGGGAAAGCCCGGGAGACGUUCCUCAUGGCCCACGACGGACACAUCCAGUUCACGCAGUUCAUAGACAACCUCAAACAGAUCUACAAGGGCAAGAAGAAACUCAUGAUGCUGGUGAGAGAGAGGUUUGGCUGACCAGGAUCAGCCCUUAGUACUUUUCUAUUAACUCGAGUCUGCCUUUUGAACUUCUUCGGACUCAAACACGGACAGGUAAAGAGUUUCAGGACAAAGCGAAACUAGAAGGAAAAAAUACUCAACAGAGCCACACGGUAUUAUCGUUCUUGCUGUUGUUACCGUUUUAAACGUUAUUACUAUUAUUAUUAUUAUUACCAUGUGUACAGACAUGUUUUUUUAUUUUGUUUUUUUAUUUUAUUUUUUUCAGAAGAGGAAAUGUGUCACAUUGUGAAUGUCGUGUGAGUAUUUCUUUAUGUGCGUGCGAGAGGAAAACGAGGAGAACUGAAAUGGCUUAUUCUGUUUUUUUUAUUAGCAUUUUUCUUUCUUUCGUUUUUGUUGUUUAAUAUACUGACUAUAUAUGUAAUCAAGUGGCUAAAGGCCCCUUGUGCAAAAGUACUCGUAAAAAAAACGCAUUGGCAGCCUCAAACAGACGCUAUGGCUUUAAAACCACACAGACAGGCACAUCUUGGCUAUUAGCUACAGGACUUAGGAAGCACUGCUCGGCUCCAUGAGAAAACCACCAUUUAGCUUUUCUGUCGGCUCAGCACUUGUGUUUUCUCUGGGUCAAAGGCGUGAGUUAGAUUCUAGUUGUAAAGUAAAGCUGUUAGACUGGUGUUGUCUCUUUCCCCCAAGCAUAUGCGGUAAUAAUGAAUAUGUGUUAGACUGAGGUCUGCAAUGCAGGACAACAGCAAUGGCACAUGCGCUGUAAGAUGAGGAUAUUGGGUAGUAUCAAAAAGAGUACUAGCAUGUAUUAUAACAGAUAUAUCCCAAAAUGUAGAAACCUGUAUGUGAGUUAAAGUAACUGCCCGGUGUUGCCAGAUUUUUAUGAAAUAUGUAAUGACUUGUAAUUACUUACAACAUGAGUGAAAUAGUUUUCUAAAAAUGUGUAUGACAGCUAAAAAUUGGUAUUGAAUGUGGCACACUAGGUUGGCAGUUUAAGCCAAUGUUCCGGGCCACAUAUGCCACUGCAGUAUGGGUUCUAGUCUACUGCUAUAUCUUCAAAAACUCUACUCUAUUUUACCACCUUUCAUUCUAUCAAUAAAGCAGAAAAUACCCAAUAUUACAUCUUUAAAAAAAAAGGAUCAAUAUGAAUGUGUGUAGCCUGUUGAUUGGCCGGUUUACAUUCCUCCAGUCGGCUGUUCAGCCAGCUCAUUCUAUAUAGAGUAUUACAUAACAUUAUAUAACUUGGCAGUUACUUUAACAUGAACAGUUGCUUGAGACAUUUCCCCAUACCUUCUCCAGCUUUAUCCACUUUACUUAAGGUCCAGAAAAUUGGUAUUUGGGGAAAAAGGUGUCUGUAUUCAGAAACAUGCCAAGUUCCUGUAUGCAGAAGACUACCCUGGUUACCUGACUGUUUCUGUAUUCAGACGACUAGCCUGGUUACCUGGCUUUUUCUGUAUUCAGAAGACUAGCCUGGUUACCUGGCGUUUUCUGUAUUCAGAAGACUAGCCUGGUUACCUGUUUCUGUACGCAGACUAGCCUGGUUACCUGUUUCUGUAUUCAGAAGACUAGCCUGGUAACCUGACUAUUUCUGUAUUCAGAAGACCUGCCUGGUUACCUGACUCUUUCUGUACUCAAUGCCACAGUACGUUGCUGCCUUGGCAAGAUAACCACAAGUUGUCUAAAACAGAAACACACCGGUACCAACUAGUUACCCAGACUAUUGAACGAUGUGUUGGACUCUGUAAUACACUACAUUACCAUAGUGAUCAUGGUUGUAGAAUAGGAAAGUGUAGCUCCAGGAUAGGCCAGUGUCAAUGCUUUCUGUGUGUGUGGAACCAUAGAAUAAUUAGAAUUCCAUUAGAAUUUGGUUCUAAUAGGCCUAUUCUAUGUGUAGAACCUUAAGCAACUGUCAACAGACGUUCUCAGGGAUUUCUCUAAAACUAACAGAAAAAGGAAGAAAAAAAAGUACAGGAAACAAAAUGUGACACGACACGAGCAAGCGUAUAUUGUGCUGUGUAUAUACAAUAGUAUAAGUCUGAAUAUGGAGGAUUCUAAAGUAUAUGUUAACUAAUUUAUACAGAGUAUUCUAUGUAAUGUGAAAUACUUGAAGCCGCUGUAGCUUGUCCUUUUUCUAUUUUUCAUUUUCUUCUUUUAGAAUUUUGUCUUUUUUGGCCUCAUACCAUAUCAAAAAGACUGAUUUGGUCAUGUUUAUGCUAGGUUACUGAAAGUUCACAAAUGGGGUGUCAAUACUAAAACAUUGAUUCUGAUUAUUGGACUGCUAUCAAGUUUUUGGAGUCUGGCGGGGGAAAAAAAUCUUUGUCUCUCAAACGGUCACUUUUCACAAUGAUCCAAUUGACUUCUGGAACUGAUGUGCAUUAUUGGAUUCAUACACGCCGCAUAGUAACGCAAGCACUGACUUCUCAUUACACGGCCUCAUAACACUGAUCAGCUGUGGAGAAACCACUGACCUCCAGUUGUGCAGAACUCUGAUCCUCAAGGCUUACUGGUCUGCCUGUUUUCUCACUCAUCGGAUUCAAAGAGUUUAGAGUUAGAACAUGGCUAACCAGUGGUGUGAAACCUCUGGUCCCCGAUUGAAAGUGACCAAACCCUUAAAACCAGCAGGGCUGUGAUCCUUAAGGACAGGAGUUGUGCUCUGCUGUGGUGGGCUACAGUCCUGUUCUCUCUUUCAUCUGACCGUGCCGCUUACAAGACCGCUGUCUCUUUGUACGGUCGGGCCAUUGUACUCAGAACUUUUUUCUUUCUUUUUUUUUUCUCUCCUUUUUUUCGAAGCGCUUUCUCUUUUGUUCUUUAAAGAAGAAACAGCCUUUUCUCUUGCCUUGUCUUAAACGCUUUAAAGUAACCAAACAGGAGUUCUAACAACCAAACAAAUACGUUCCAAGAAGUGAAAGCCAAGCCACCUUGGUCCCAGCUUUAGUGUCCUUAAUUAGUAACUGACUGGCUGUGUACACUCUUUGUGCUUUGAACAAAGCAGUUCCUCAUGUGUGUUUGGUGAAAAACGUCGUCCUGUGUCUCUCGUCCUCUAAUGAAAGGAUUUCCUCCUUUUCUUUCUAGGUGUUUUUUUUCUUUUUCUGUUUGUGUAGGAAAUGGAAUCUUCUGUUUUCCAGUUUUAUUUAUUACAAUGAUCCAUGUAUACAUACUUAUGAAAUUAAGAUUUGAUACACCGAUAUCAAUUUAUUUAUGUAACUAAAAUCACUGUUUUAUAAUCUUGUUAAUGAGUCGAUGAUUGAAUUUUUUUUGUUUUAAUUAAAGUUAGCUUUUUUUUGAAAGGUA